AUGUCCUCUGCUGCAGCAGGGUGGGCUGCCUGGAGGCACCCGGGCAGCGCUCGGCGAUGCCGCCGCAGGUGCCGUUUCCCGGGGAGUGGCCCGGCCCGGCCGGCACGACGGCAGUUGGAGCCUCGGGGCGGUUCCGCCCGGGCUGGGCCCUUCCAGGUUCUAUCCCCGCUCGGGCGGGGGCGGCCGGUACCGGCGGCCGCGAUGGGGCCUCUGCCGGGGCUCCUGCUUCUGCUGCUGCUGGGCGCGGCGGGGUGCCCCGGGGCCCGGGGGGCCCGGCCCGCGGAGCCGCGCACCGCGUGGGUGACGGUGCCGCGGCAGCUGAGCCCCCGCCGUGGCGACGACGCCCCGGCCCUCUCCUACUGGCUGAACGUGGGCGGGCGGCCGCGGGUGCUGCGCCUGCAGCCCAGGAGGGGCCUGGUCUCCCGCCCCUUCACGCUGGUCACCUACGGCCGGGACGGGGCCCGCCGGGAGGAGCACCCCUUCGUACGGGACAACUGCUUCUACCAGGGCGACGUGGUGGGGAGCCCCGGCUCCCUUGUGGCCCUCAGCACGUGCGGCAGGGGCCUCCACGGCGUGCUCUGGGUGGAGGACGAUACGUACCAGAUCGAGCCCGUCCCCAAUGAUCUGGCCUUUCGGCACAUUCUCUACCGCAUGGAGGGAGACAACAGCUCCGAGGGAGCCAGCUGCGGACUGACGCCGGAGGUGCUGCAGCAGCAAAAGGCUGUGCUGCCGUGGUUCAAAGCUCCCAAGUCAGCGGGGGAGAACGAAAAGCUGAGGGACUGGUGGACGCACAUCACGUAUGUGAAGAUGGUAGUGGUCGUGGACCACGUGCGGUAUGUAAAGUCAGGCAGGAGCAAAUCCAGAGUCUUGAAGGACGUCAUGCAAGUCAUCAAUGCUGGGGACAUUUUGUGCAAACAGCUUUCUAUCCGGCUGUUUGUUAUAGGAUUGGAGAUCUGGACUGAAAAGAACUUUAUAAAUAUUACUAACUCUAUUGCCCCGGUACUUAAUGCGUUUAACUCCUGGAGAAAGUCAAACCUGUUACCUCGGAUGUACCAUGAUGUUGCUCACUUAUUUGCAUAUCAGUGGUUUGGAAGCAGCUUGGGAUUGGCAUAUAUAGGGACAGUGUGUGAUAAGCACUGGGCAGCAGCUGUUAUUUCCUUCACUGAUAAAAAGGUGUCUGUAAUUACUAUCACAUUUGUCCAUGAGCUGGGCCAUAAUCUUGGGAUGGUUCAUGAUAAACCGGAUUGUAAUUGCAGACGCAAGAAAUGCAUUAUGUAUGAAAACAAUGUUGACACUGACUCGUUCAGUGACUGCAGUUACAAACAGUACUUUGAGCUGGUUGUAAAUGGUGCUCCAUGCCUUCGUCAGCCACCAGCACCUGGCAGUUUCAUCACCGGGAUGAGUGAAUACUGUGGGAAUAAAAUAGUAGAAAGUGGAGAGCAAUGUGACUGUGGUUCAGCAGCAAGCUGCCGAAGGGAUCCUUGUUGCCGCACAAACUGUACAUUUACUGCAGGUUCAGACUGUGCAUCUGGAAGAUGCUGCAAGAACUGUAAGGUCCUUCCAGCAGGAACACUCUGCAGAGCAAGUACUGGCAGCUGUGACCUGCCAGAGUAUUGCAAUGGAACUUCCUCUCAGUGCCCGCUGGAUGUAUACCUACAAGAUGGAACUCCUUGCAAUGAUGGUGUUUAUUGCUAUCAAGGAAAAUGUUCAUCCCACAAUGAAAAGUGCCAGCGUCUCUUUGGCAAAUAUGCCAAGGUUGCUCCUUUAGAUUGCUUUAAAGCAGUGAACACUCAAGGUGACCGGUUUGGGAAUUGUGGUAUUCGUGACAAUAUCUAUUUUGAAAAAUGCAGUACUAAGAAUGUCUUAUGUGGUAGGAUUCAGUGUGAAAACGUAGUCAUAAUACCUUUCUUGCAGAACCAUGUAACGCUAGUCCAAACUCCUGUUCGAGGUAAAAAUUGCUGGGGCCUCGACUAUCAUGUAGGGAUACCAAGAGCAGAUGUGGGAGCUGUGGAAGAUGGCACACCAUGUGGUAGUGAUAUGCUUUGUAUCAACAGGACGUGUAUGAGUGUAUCAGUGCUGAACUACGACUGCAACAUGACAAAGUGUCAUGACAGAGGAGUGUGUAACAAUCACAAGAACUGUCACUGUGAGUAUGGCUGGGCUCCUCCAUAUUGUGAAUUGGAAGGAUAUGGAGGUAGUGUUGACAGUGGACCCCCUCCACCUAAGAAGGCUGAGAGACUAAAAGUAAGACUAGUGCUACUUGGGUUUUAUUCUGUGUGUUUUGUUGGAAUAGUCCUUUCCAUCCGUUAUAGACAGAAAAUAGAGGGAUGGCUUGCGAAGAAAAAAGCCCAAUUCCAUAGAAAAUUGUUUCAAAGACCGAAAAAAAAAGAAGUUCCUAAAGAAAAGUCGCCUGCUGGUGAGUUAAAAUCCACCAAAGAUAAAAAGGCAGCACCUUGGGAUGUUAUUGAGGAACUAUCAGAUUGA